AUCUUCACUUCAAACUUUACCAAACAAACUUAAAACAUAAAUACAUUCCAAAUGGCUUCUACAACAUUUUUCCUUAUGUUACUAUCUCUAAUGACUAUUUCACUUGUCUCUGCUAACUUCUACAAUGAGUUUGAUAUCACUUGGGGCGAUGGCCGCGGUAAGAUACUUAACGCGGACCAAUUAACGCUCUCCCUUGACAAAUCAUCUGGUUCGGGUUUUGAAUCAAGAAACGAGUACUUGUUUGGCAAAAUCGAUAUGCAACUCAAGCUUGUACCUGGAAAUUCUGCUGGCACUGUCACUGCAUAUUAUUUGUCUUCAAAGGGAUCAAACUGGGAUGAAAUCGACUUCGAGUUCUUGGGGAACUUGAGUGGUGAUCCAUACAUCUUACAUACAAAUGUGUUUAGUCAAGGCAAAGGCAAUAGAGAGCAACAGUUCUAUUUGUGGUUCGACCCAACUGCCGAUUUUCACACAUAUUCCAUCCUUUGGAACCCUCAACGCAUCAUAUUUUCGGUCGAUGAAACACCUAUUAGGGAGUUCAAGAAUGCAGAAUCAAUUGGAGUACCAUUUCCAAAAAACCAAUCAAUGAGGAUACAUUCUAGCUUAUGGAAUGCUGAUGACUGGGCAACAAGGGGUGGGCUUGUGAAAACCGACUGGAGUAACGCCCCUUUCACCGCUUCUUACAGAAACUUCAAGGCGGAUGCGUGUGUCGUGGCUUCUGGGAAAUCGUCUUGCGGUGCUUCUCCAUCGUCCUCAGACACGAAUCAGGCGUGGUUGUCAGAGGAAUUGGAUAACACAAAGCAAGAGAGACUAAGUUGGGUUCAAAAGAAUUACAUGAUAUACAACUACUGCUCUGAUUCCAAAAGAUUUCCUCAAGGAUUGCCUCCAGAGUGCAAUAUGGCGUAAUUAAGAGUUAAUUUGGUCAUAAUUCAAAAUUCAAUUCAUUAUUUUCUAUUCUUUGUAGCUAUAAAUCGAUCAAUAAAUAUUACAACUGAAGAUGAACUUGAUGCGA